AUGGAUCGGCGGGUGACCAUCGUCACCGAGGGCUCCCGAGGGGACUGGCAGCCCUCGGUGGCUGCGGGCGCGGCGCUGCGCCAGGCGGGAUUCCAAGUCCAGCUGCUGGGGUCGACAGAUGUCAAGGCCAUGGCACAGCAAUACGAUCUCUUCUUCGUGGAGACUUGGCCCAUCUCCAGCAAGGACUACUCGACGCAACCAAAACAAGUGGAGGCAAUCACAGAAAACAACUUUGUCAAGCUCACUGCCGCUGCGGCCGCCAUUCGGGAGCCCAUGCACGAACUCGUCCUCACGAGAACGGUGGAAGCUUUGAAGACCUUCAAGCCAGACGUCGUGCUCACCAGCCUCUUGUCUUUUGUUGAAACCCUCUUCAUCUGCAAGGCGUUGAAGAUCCCAGUGCUCUUCUUUGGACUGCAGCCGAUGCUGGCUAGCAGACAUGUGGGAGUCAUGGGAGUGUUCCCGGUAUUGCCAGACGUGUUUCGCCUCAACCUGCGACUUUGGGAUUGUCUCAAUCGGCACUUCGUGAGCAUGGUGAACACAACCGCUGGCCCCAUAUUGGAGAAGCUCCUCCAGGUGCCCAAAAGGAGUUUUUCAGCCAGCUUGGCAGAGCUCUACGAGCAUUGCAGCUGCCACCCCCGGUACCCCAUCCUCUUUGGGAUCAGCGGGACUUUGCAUCUUCCUCUGCCGCCGGACUUCACAGAGAUGUGCAAGGUUCUAGGCCCCAUGGAACUUGAGAAGCAGGAGGGCAAAGACUUUGGAGAAGAGGAGGACUCCGCAGCCCUGGAGAGGUUCCUGGCAGAAGGGGAGGCGCCUGUGUACAUUGGAUACGGAUCCAUGAUUUGCAGGAGCGGGCGGUACAUGACCGAGCUGAGCGUGCGCGCCCUCAUGCUCGCGCAGCGACGGGGGGUGCUACUCGGAGGCUUCGCAGAGAUGUCGGAGCAAAAGGUGGAAGAUCUGGAGCUGCUGGCCUACUGCAAAGAAAAGGCCUGA